ACAGAUUGUUACAAACCGAAUUCAACGAAUUAUUAUAAUUUCAUCUAGAUUGGAAGCUUAAACCGCUUAAAUUUGAUAUCUUCAUUAAAUAUCAAGAAUAAUAAUUGGGACUUAGAAAUUUAUUUCGGACCCAGCAGCACAAAACUAUGUAUUUCUGAACGAAACCCUUUUUUCCACAUUCAUAAAUGUUUUCCCGCCAAACCUCAUCAAACAACAUGUUUGACAUUUGAUAAGAUUGUUUCUUGACUUUUUCAACAAUAUAUUAUUACAGCGAGAUUUACCAAGCGAUAUUGCUGAUAACAGCAUUUUAAUAUGCAACUUGAUAGUGACGCUUCGUUCGGUUUUAAAUAAGUGGUCGUAAUGGUGAUCAAGUGAAAGUUUCAACAUGGCUCCGAAGAAAAGUGGUAAAAAUAGGCUUGUGGCCAAAGUUGUGACUGGAAAGAAACUUCCGUGUAGUUUUUGUCAUCGUGAUGUGGAUGACGAGAUAACGUACGGCAAGCUGUAUGCAAUCGGAGACAUACAAUGCCAUUAUUUUUGUGUUCUUUUAUCUUCAUGUUUAAUACAAAAAGGCCGGGACGAAGAUGGUCUUUUUGGAUUCCUGUAUGAUGACAUAGUUAUAGAGAUUGAUAGAGCCAAGAAACAUAAAUGUUCAUACUGCAGUCGUGGGGGCGCCAACCUGGGCUGUUCAGUAGCACAAUGCAGGAAACAGUUCCAUCUGCCGUGCGGAAGGGAAAGGAACGCUGUGUCCUUGUUCUACGGAAAUUACAAAUCGUUCUGCCAGCUCCACGCUCCAAAACAGACCAUUCCACCUUCAAUUAUGGUUAAAGCAAAAGAGAGGAUGAUAUCAGAUGGCAAGAUAAAGAAGAAACAAGCUAACUUCAAGGAUCUGAAGGAGUUGUCGACAAGUUUUGGAGAUGAUGGGUCAAACCAGUCGGAUACACAAUCAGUGUGUGUGAUUUGCUAUGAGACUGUUGACGGUUACCCAACGCUGAAUACAUUCUGGCCUCCUUGCUGUGCAAGAGAUGCCUGGUUUCAUAGGAAUUGUUUACAGCGCAUGGCCCUCAGCGCUGGUAUGCACUACUUGAAGUGUCCGCUGUGCAACGAUAAAGAUAACUUCUAUAAGGCGGUUGUUUCACAAGGAUACUAUGUCCCAGACAGGGACGCGGCGUGGGAGUUGGAGCAGAAUGCCUUCGCGGAGAUCUACGAGAGAGAGGUCCCGUGUUCAGCUGACGAAUGUCUGUGUCCCAAGGGACGGAGCCAUGAUGCUGAUUCUGGCCGCUGGAGCGUGAGGCUGUGCCUGCUGUGCGGCAGCAGCGGCGCGCACGGCGCCUGCCUGCAGGCCGCGCCCCCCGCGCCCCCGGCCGCGCCCCCGGCGCCCCCGGCCGCGCCCCCGCGCGCGCCCCCGGCCGCGCCCCCGCGCGCGCCCCCCGCGCCCCCCGCCCCGCACGUGUGCCGCGUGUGCGCCCCCGCCGCGCCCCCGCAGCUGCAGCAGCUGGCCACCACGCUACAGGCCGUAAUGAACCAGGAACAGCGUCAGUCGUCCCGUCCUGGGCGCGGGCCCGUCAUGCCGGCCAGGAUGUCUCUGAGGAGGACCAAGCGGCUCGCCAGCAGACACGCCGGAGCCUCAUCUUCCUCGUCAAGUCAAAAUACAUCAGACAAACCAGAAGAGUCUGUACUAUCCCGCCGCCACCUGAACCUGUCCACACCGAAGCGACCUUCACCACAGACCAGGAGGUCUCUCACACAGGACACACGAGACCCUCGGCCACAGAGCAAGCAACUUGACUUCAAAACUGACUCGCCAACUAAGAUAUUGGAGGAGAGCUUGAAGACUACCGGCAGAGAGAUCGAUGAGAGUCUGGUUGACGAGCUGAGGAGGCGGUUUAGGAAGCCGAAACCCUUGUCCGAGAAGAGGAAGAUAGUCAAUGACAUUUUGAACGGCGUAUUCGACAACUUGCUGAAGGAAACCAAACAGAAGGAGGCGCUGAAGAGAUGGUGCUCGCCUAAGAAAUGUGAUAUCACUCAUAUCAAACAGGAAGAGAUAGUACAGCAAACGCCAAUGGAAGUCAUAGAAAUAGACUCAGAUCCGCCUCCAGCUAAGAAAGAAAAACUAGACUCAGAUUACUGUACAACACCUAAGAAGCCCAAAAAACUGAAUCCGAGUGACACUAACAUAUACCCAAUGUUCAUAUCUCCUAACAAGAGCAAAACCGUCGACAACCUUAAAGAUUCCAGUCUAGAAAUAUCAGCUAAGGACGAAAUCGUAAACAUAGAUGUCAUUAAACUAGAGAACACACAAAACUGUGACACCUACAAGAAAAUGGAAGUGAAAACACCACAGAAAUGCCAAACGUGCACUUUGAAAUUCAGUCCGAACAAACAGGUCCCACAUAAAGAAAACAUAGACAUGGAUGUGGAAAGCUUCAAAGACCAGUACCUCAAUGAGGUCGGACUCCAAAGAGUAGCGAAGUCAGACUCCGGGAGCGUCAGGAGUGUAACGAGGAGGAAACGGAAACGCACAGACAAAUUAGUGCUGAAAUACGAGUCGAAGAAGCGCAAGAAGAAGAACAUAGAAAUCAAAAACAAAAAUAUUCAGCUGAAAAUUAAAUGGUGGGACAGACAUCUGAAGUUGAAGAUCUCUGGCUCGAAGAAACAUAAAAAGUCCAAGAAAUAUAAACAGUACGUCCUGAAAUACAGCGAGAAUAAGUCUGAAGUCGCCAAACCUAGUUAUGAUGUGACGCCGAGGAAACGGAAGUAUGUGAAACAAGAAAAGUCGCCGGAUAAUCUAGUGCAGACGUCCAUUGAAAAGUUCUUUAAGAUCACGCCAAGCAAAGAGCAGAAGGAAAGUUAGAAUGAGUACUGUUUAUCUGUCUGUUGACUGUAAUAAUACUACGCAAUAUAUGUAUAUGUGUCGCGGGUUCUAUCCCCGCGUAGGACAAGCGUUUGUGUGAUUCACGGAUGCUUGUUCUGAGUCUGGGUGUC